UCCUGCUGCAGCAGAAAGGGGAAGUUUAGUUUAAGUCGGCGUUUUCGGUGCUGGCGUUCGUUCUUCCAGACGGUCAGUGAAGGGGUUGCUACUGCGUUUAGUGAUGUCAGCUGCCUUCCUGUCUGCUGUGACUCUUCAGGUGUCUCCUGGAUCAGUCCAGGUCCUGGAUCAGACCCGCAUCAGUAAACUUCUCCUCAGAUCAGAUGUUACACUGAGUUCAGGUCUCGGGCAGGAAGCUGCUGGCUGUUUCCAUGACAACGUUAAAGACCAGAGCAGACAGUUUCCACUUUGAGCUCAGCAGACUCGUGUUGUGUUACUCACGUUUUAAAUCUUUCCUGACACUUGACUGUUCACGCCAUACGGAUCAGCUGAGCGACCGUGACGUGGAGCUCGCACUGAACCCAGGUCAGUUUGUCCAGUGACGACUUAAAUAAAGUUUAUUCAAACAAGACAAACUCGUGUUGACAGAAGGAGAGAAAGGCGGCGUUACUGUGGACUGAAAGUCGGAACGAAGACAAACACGGAGCCGUAGACGGACUCGUCUCUGAGUCUCUGCCCCCUGGAAACCCCUCAAGAAUCCUGGAACCUCUUAAAUAACUGAUGAACCUCUUCAAGCACACCUGGAUUAUCCUUAAAAUCCCCUGGAAACUCCUCCAGUUCUCUUGGAACCUCCUCAAGAACUCCUGAGCCCCUCUUAUGAACCCUGGAACCUCCACAAUCCCUUGUAGAACAUCCUCAAACCGCCUCUUCAACCUCCUUAAGCAACCUCUCAAGAUCCUUAGAACCUUUUCAAGCACUCCUGGAGCCCUUUCAAGAACUUUGAAACCAUCUAAAGAACUGUGGAACUGCCUCAAGCCCCUCUGGACCCUCCUUAAGAAGCCUGGAAUCUACUCAAGAAGUCCUAGAACCGCCUAAAGAACCCCUGAGUGCCUCACGAGCCCUGGAACCUCUUCAAGCACUCACAGAAAACCAAUCAAGAACCCUGAAAAUCCCUCAAGAACUCUUUACCUCCUCAAGGACCCUGGAAUCUCCUAAAACCUUUUCAAGCACUUCUUAGACAUCACCUCAAGACCACCUGCAACCUUCUCUGUAACCUGCUAUAGAACCAUCACCUGGACAGGGCUCCCGUAGGGGCCUCGGGCCCCCACAACAUCCAGGACAUGGAGCUGAGGGAGGAGUGGCAGGACGACGGCUUCCCCAGGCCUCUCCCAGAGGAUUGUGGGAGUCCAGAGGAGGCGGAGAGUCCGUCGGGCGGCGAGCAGCGACCAGCCCCGCCCACCAGCCUCGCCCUAUCAGGAACAGUUGGGGGCGGGGCGAAGAAGCGUCUGACAGCCCCGGCACUCAGCCUCACUCUGAGCCGCGGAGAGUCUCGCGACCCAAGCGGCUCAGAGAGCUUCUCGGCCGCCGCGCUGUCGGCGACGGCGGACGAGUUGGCGUCGCUCGACAUCAACCUGGAGGCUCUGGAGACGCCAUCAGGCAGCGAGACGGGAACGCUGCCGGACAGCAGCCACGAGCUGGAGUGGGAGGAUGACCUCCCCCGGAUGGCGAGGGGCAGGGCCGCGGGCGUGACCAGGAGCCCGAUGGAGCAGUCGGAGGGUCUGAUGGAGCUGGACCAGGUGGACAGCAGGGGGCGCCGCUGGAGGAGGUUCUGCUUCGCCGGACAUGAAUAUCACGUCAACAUGAGCGUCCUGGAACCUUACCUGCAGGUCCUGUCACACGGAGGUUACUAUGGAGACGAGAUGAACGCCAUCAUCCUGUUCACCUCCUGCUACCUGCCGGAGAACACGGUGGAGGACUACGAGUACGUCAUGGACAACCUGUUCAGGUACAUUGUGGGGACGUUGGACCUGAUGGUUUCGGAGAACUACGUGCUGGUCUACCUGUGUGCCAUGGCUCCCAGAAACAAACUGCCGGCCAUCAGAUGGCUCCACCAGUGCUACACCUCCAUCGACAGAAGGCUGAAGAAGGACCUGAGGGGGCUGCUGGUCGUCCAUCCUGCCUGGUACAUCAAAGCUCUCCUCACUGUGGUCAAACCCUUCAUCAGCGACAAGUUCAGCAGGAAGAUCCGGUUCAUCCAGAGUCUGCAGGAGCUGUCUCAGCUCAUCCCCACAGACAGACUGCAGAUCCCCGACGCAAUACGCCAGUAUGAUGGGAAGUUGAACAGAUGACGAUCACAGACUCUCAGGGGUCGACAGAUUGGAUCGAUCCUAAAGGUCAGAGGUCAUCGGGCUGAGGUGACCAGGUGACCUUGGACCUCCUGAUGUACAGAAACAAACACACAGAGACUCUGGGUUUAUUUAUACUGUCUGUCUUUGAAUCAGGGGAGGGUAAGUUACACGUUCUGCUGCAGCUUCGGACUCACUUCGGCUCCAAACCUUUUAGCCGCCAUUUUCUGAACUGAAAAUUAUUGAAACGUUGAUGUUAAUUCCCCAACACUGCCUCCCGUAGGCAGGUGGUCUACCUGUGUCUCUGAACACGUGGAGACUCCACCCCUCACCGUGUGUCAGGACAGGUAGAUGGAGCUCAGAAGCAACUCAUUUUAAAUCUCAAACUCUCUGCGGAUCUGAAGUCUGGAGCUGUUGUAGGAAACCAUCAUGUGUCUUUAAAUGAACAUGUUAAUGUCUGAUUCAGGACAAUAAAUACAAGCAGGAGUCUUUAAUAUGUGCAAACUGCAGGUGUGUUUGACCACAGCAGUGAAACACACUGAACAAGUGUUUUACCUGUUGCACUAACAUUUACCUGUAAUAAAAGCAUCGAUCAAACCUUUUUAGCAAAAA